CAGCGGCGGGGGCCGGCUCCGCCGGUGCGGGAGCCUCCGCCGGUGCGGGAGCCUCCGCGGGGAGCGGAGCCGCGACCAUGGGCGGCGGGGGAGCGGCGGGCGCGGCGCGGGGCGCGCCCCCGCGCUAGGCUCGGCCCCGGGGAGAGGUCGGGACACGGAGAGGGGACGCUGGAUGCUCAGACGAGGACGAUGCGGGCGGCGCUCCGGGCAGGCUCCCUGUCUGCUCCGGGUCUUUGCAUGAUGUAGGAGAUGGAUGGACAAAAGCUAAAUGCUUCCUAUUGCAUCUGCAGGUCUGCUAUUUUUCUUACGAUGGAAAGGCUGGUUGUCUAUCUACUGGUUAUUAGCGCAGCCGUGAAGGCCAUGAUGUGCCCCAAAAGAUGCAUGUGUCAAAACCUGUCUCCGUCCUUCACCAUCCUCUGUACGAAGACGGGGCUUCUCUUCGUGCCCCCCAGCAUCGACAGGAGAACGGCAGAGCUGAGGCUGAUGGACAACUUCAUCACGACGCUCAGGAGAAAGGAUUUUGCAAACAUGACCAAUCUCAUUCACUUGACGCUGUCGAGGAAUACAAUAAGUCAAAUCAUGCCUUACGCAUUUUUUGAUCUUAAAGGCCUUCACGCUUUACACUUGGAUAGUAACAGACUGACAUAUAUCAACGAAGAUCAUUUCAAAGGUUUGAUCAACCUUCGACAUUUAAUACUCAGCAACAAUCAGCUAAGCUAUAUCUCUCCCGGGUCGUUGGAUGACUUUAUUGAAACCAUCGAAGACCUGGAUCUGUCCUACAACAACCUUGUUAACGUUCCUUGGGAAACAAUCGCCAAACUUUCCAACGUCAACACGGUCAGCUUGGAUCAUAACCUCAUCGAGUUUGUGCCGGAGGGAAUCUUCUCCAAUCUUCACAAGCUUGCCCGUCUAGAUAUGACCUCCAACAAGCUGAAGAAGAUCCCUCCCGAUCCAUUGUUCUCCAGGAUUCCCGUGUAUGCCAAGUCCAAAGGAUCUCCUCUGACGUCUUUGGUGCUGAGCUUUGGGGGCAACCCUUUGCACUGCAACUGUGAGCUGGUGUGGCUGAGGCGCCUCACCAGAGAAGACGACCUAGAAACCUGCGCCUCCCCACCAGAACUGAUGGGCAAAUACUUCUGGUCCAUCAAAGAGGAGGAAUUUGUCUGUGAGCCCCCAAUGAUCACACACCGAACCCCUAAGGUAACCGUAACGGAGGGUCAAAGCGUCUCUUUGAAGUGUAAAGCUGUGGGCGAUCCGGACCCCUACGUUCGCUGGAUUGCACCUGACGGGAAGCUGGUCUCCAACACCUCUAGGACGAUUUCUUACGAGAACGGUACCCUGGAUAUUUUGGUAACGUCUCUGACGGAGAAGGGCACGUUCACCUGCAUAGCAUCAAAUGCUGCGGGAGAGUCGACGGCUCCGGUCGAACUCCUCGUUACCCCGUACCCCAACCUCGCUAACAGCACCAACUGCGAUAAAGACGCGGAGCCUGGCCCCUCGGAUAUUCUGAUAUCUGCCAAGUCGAGCUUUCCGAACGAAACGAAGGCUCAGCAAGAGAAAGUGGUCGUGGUCGCCGAGCUGACCUCGUCCUCUGCUCUCAUCCAGUGGCCUUCUCAGCACCACCUCCCCGGGAUUCGCAUGUACCAGAUCCAGUACAACAGCUCCUCUGAUGACAUCCUCGUUUACAGGUAACCCCGCGUAGCCGCCCCGGCACCUCCUCCUUCGUGGAGGUGGAAGCAAGAAAGAUGUGAUAAGAACGUAGGUUGAAUUAUUCCCUGCAAUGGCAGCUAAUUGCAGGUGGUGGCUGUAAAUGAGGGGACAACUUUGCUCGUUAAAUUCCCAUUGUUGAGGAGUUGUACUGUUAAAACUCAUAAUACACCCGCUUUCUCUGCUGCCUCUCGAGGAUCUCUAAACCCUUUACAGCCAUAAUUAAUCUUCAGAGUCCAGUUUAAUGGAUGGAGUGAGGCUGAUGAGCAUUAUCUCAGUUAAUACACCCAGGGAAAUUAAGAUGGAAAGUUUAGUUACCUUUUAUGCUGAUUAAGUGUAAUUAUUUUACCUAAAUAUAUAGCAAAGAGGGGAAAAUCGAGAUGCUCAAAGUUCUGAGAUGUCCAGAGAUGCCCCCAAGCCACAUUUUGCCUGUAUGGCAAAUACAUGUGGCCACACCAUGUCUCGUGUAUGUUAUGCUGAACCUUCAGCCCCUAAAAGUCAUCACGCGAUUCCUCUAUUCCACUUCCAUGGUGUCACGGGGACAAAGCUCACGGAGGAAACUGGACAUUGCCCCGGAAGCUUUAGGUGAUGAAUUUUGUGUGGGUUUCACUUUUAAAGGCGCUGAUUCAUCGGCUGGAGUUUAUUUGGUAAAAUUUACUCGGGAAUAACUAUUUGGUGCUCAGCUUCAGUGGAUGUUGUGCAGAUUUUUAGAGUUGCUCCCUGGGCAGGGCGGUUGAGUUUCUGAUUACAUGCCUUGCUGCUUAUAGGCUUUUGUUUGUGAUUAGCUUGGGGGGGAAAGAAAGGGGUAG